AUGCGACGAACUCCCCGUGAAGCCCGUUUUGAAAUCAAGCCAUCGGAUACAACAGAGUUUAUUGCCGCUGGAGGAUCAGCAUUGGUUUAUGGCAUAGACGCUAAGAGCGUUCGAAAAGACUUUCAUGACGAUGGAGCAUGCAGGGCAGAGUGUGAAGUGUAUAAGCGGCUUGGCACACACCCUCAUAUCGCCAAAUUGCUGAAAGUACGAGAGGAUGGCUCUCUGAUUCUUGAGCGAGGGACGUCUCUUCGAACGAUACUUCAAGGCCACUCUGCACAAGAGAUACCGAUACAAACAAAAGUCAAGUGGUUGAAAGACGCAGCUGAAGGCUAUUUGUAUUUACACAGCCUGAACAUCAUUCACGCCGAUGUUGGAUGUCAUAACUGGAUCCUGACAGCAGAGCAGGAUGUAAAGUUGAUUGACUUUGAAGGCUGCAGUGUUGAUGGGAAAGUUUCACGUUCUUGCUAUGAAUGGUUUAGCAAUGGCCAACUCACGCCCGGGGUGAGUAAACAAACAGAUAUCUUCGCCUUUGGCUGUGCUGUUUAUGAGGUCGUCACAGGGCAGCCACCACACUAUGAGCAGAUAAAAUUCGAAGACCGGUCCAUUCGAGUUAAAAAGCUAUACGCUAAUGGAGAAUAUCCUGACGUGACACAUCUUCCUCUUUGUAAUUUAAUGCAAAAUUGCUGGAGAGGAGCUGUGGGCUCCAUGGCUGAGAUUGUUCGGGAACUAGAGGCAUUUCAUUGA